CAUUUUGUUUAGAUUUUUGGCUGAAUUGUGUUUCAAGAUUUUGUGGGAUUCCAUUCCAUCAUAAAAGAUGGGUUGGUAAUUUUCUGUUUGGUUAAACAACGAGAAAGAGAGAGAAAAAUGGGGGGCAAUUGCCAUUCCCCACAGAAAAAGUGGUGGCAAAAAAGCUCUUUUUGUACACACUGCGAUGAUGGUGAUGAUGAUGCCUGCAAUCUCCAACAGCAGCAGCAGCAACAACAACAAUCCUCCUUUCCCCUCUUUCCUUUUCCUUUCUCUCACAACACUCUCUAUCUUCUCUCCUCGCAAACCAUGACCGAUCUCCUCUUCUUCCCCUUCUUCUUCCCUCAAAUAGGAUGCAAUUAUAGCCAUAACCCAUGAACCAGAGCUUGAACUAGAUAACGCCUUUAUGGAUAAUAGCAAGUGCGGCUGCUGGACUGCCCUGAAACGUGGGGUUGCGGGUGCCUACAAAUCCUCUGCUUCUCGUGAUUCUGCCAACACUAUUCCUCGUACUAGUCUCGUUUAUGAUGCCGCUGCCGAAACACGGUAUCUAAAUGCCAGCAACCGUGAGCUUUUGCCUCCUAAUGAAGCUCAUCUUUCAUCUGAUAAUCCUGAUCCCUCACCAUCGGAUGACAAAUCUCCCUGCCAGCUUCUCCAGUUCAGUUUUCAGCAGCUGAAAUCUGCGACAGGAAACUUUAGACCCGAUAGCAUUCUUGGGGAAGGCGGCUUUGGCUACGUCUUCAAAGGGUGGAUAGAGGAAAAUGGAACAGCCCCAGCGAAACCUGGGUCGGGAAUCACGGUUGCUGUCAAGAGUUUAAAGCCAGAUGGUCUUCAGGGCCAUAGAGAAUGGAUGGCCGAGGUUGAUUUCCUUGGACAGCUUCACCAUCCAAAUCUUGUUAAGCUUAUUGGCUACUGCAUUGAAGAUGAUCAGCGGCUACUUGUAUAUGAAUUUAUGACUCGUGGAAGUCUUGAAAACCAUCUUUUCAGAAGGACAAUACCUCUCCCAUGGUCCAGCAGGAUUAAGAUUGCACUUGGUGCGGCAAAAGGAUUGGCAUUUCUUCAUGGUGGUCCAGAGCCAGUCAUUUAUAGAGAUUUUAAAACAUCCAAUAUUUUACUUGAUUCAGAAUAUAAUGCAAAGCUUUCAGAUUUUGGUCUAGCAAAAGCUGGCCCUCAAGGAGACAACACUCAUGUUUCUACCAGAGUUGUUGGAACAUAUGGCUAUGCGGCUCCAGAGUAUGUUAUGACAGGACACUUGACAUCUAAGAGUGAUGUGUACAGCUUUGGUGUUGUACUACUUGAGAUUUUGACAGGAAGAAGAUCAAUGGACAAGAAGCGCCCAAAAGGAGAGCAAAAUCUUGUUACAUGGUCUCGGUCAUAUUUAGCUGACAAGAGAAAACUUUACCAACUUGUGGAUCCUCGCUUAGAGCUGAACUAUUCUCUUAAAGGGGUGCAGAAAGUUUCUCAAUUAGCUUACAACUGCCUCAAUAAGGAUCCAAAAUCCCGUCCUACAAUGGAUGAAGUAGUGAAAGUUCUCACUCCACUGCAAGAUCUUAAUGAUCUGGCCAUCUUAUCUUAUCACUCCCGUUCAUCCCAGCAAGCGAGACGCAAGAAGAAACCAGAUGGAGCUCAGCAGUUCCUCAAUGCCCCAUCCAAAAGCAUCAGAGACUCUCCGUUGAAUUCUGGCAAGCAGCGUUGCAGGUGAUGGACAAUCAGUUCUUGGCGAUACUGGCUUUGCUUCCAAUGGAACAUAUAAAGAUGCCAGAUCUAUACAUGAUUGCCUAAAGACUGCUUCAAGUUUGUAAUAACAAUUUUGAGGAGUUUGAAAAUUGCUAGAGCCAGAAGAAAGGAGGGGAAAGGUACAUCAGAUUCCUUUCCUCUGAAACCUUAAAUACUAGAGAGCUAACCUUGAACGUGGACCAUUCCCUGUUAUUCCCAGCAUGGUAUUAUAGAAAUCUCCUGUAAUUAGACUAAACCUCCCAUUUUCAAAUCGGGUAUUGCUACAACCUGAUGCCACUCUCCCUUUGAUUUCUAGAAAUUGAUGGAAUGUUUUCAUGUUGUUCAUAUGCCGUGCUAUUCUAUUCUUGGUAUCCAUCUCUCAGUUUUGAUGUUUUUAUUCAAUCCCAGUGUUUGAGGGUUUCCUUCACUAGUAAACCGUUAUUGGAUGC